ACGAUCGACAGCGAGGCGUUGGCGCGCAGGCGCUCGGCUGCCAUGUUGGAAGCAUCGCUCCACCGUCGCUCUUUUACACGGCUCGUUUUUCAAAUACAUGUAACGUUCUAAACUAGUUUUAAACGGCGUUAAAAUGUCGCAGUGGCGCGAAUUGUCGCUGGGAAGGAAGUGCGGUCACGCUGUCACUGCACUGAGCUUAGUGUUGGUGUUCAUCGCAUUCACAACACCGUACUGGUUGGCAUCGGAUCCCCGGGUGUACAGUGCUCAAUUUCUUCGUUCGGGACUAUGGGAGAUGUGCUUCCGCAGCUACACGAAUCCGGAGGAUUUGGAAAUGAGAAAAUUCUACGUCGGCUGUCGGUGGAUUCUCACGUACGAGUAUAAUACGCUGAGAGACAGCAUCGAAGUUCCUUUCUUUGUGGCAGUGCAGGUGUUCUUCACAAUUGGCUUUACCUUGCUCCUUCUAGCCUGCGUGCUCUUGCUGGCCAUGCACAUCUGCCUUCCUGCCAGUAGAGCGUUUACCUUGCUCAAGGUGAUCAUAGCUGUGCUGUUUGCAUCAGCGGUCUCCGGCACAAUUGCGGUGAUCAUAUUUGGAGCCCGCGGAGAUGGUCGUGAUUGGAUGCCUGAUCCUGAUCAUAACUACCUAUCGUGGUCAUUUGCCCUGGGAGUGAUUGGGACUUUCUGCACCUACGUGGCUGCAGUCCUCUUCUGGGUCGACUGCCGCCAUAUUGCUCGCAAGAUGGACCAGCAGCAAGGCCAGCAGCAGCAGGUCUACAGCAUGCAUCCCACGCAGACACAGCCUCCCACACAAACCAGAGCAUGAUCUUUCUAUGAUCCACGAACAUGACAUUCACGUUUGAAACUGAUGCCAUGGAGGGUGUUGUCCUCUGCUCUUUUAUCCAACACGAGGGCCUCACGCUUCAGCAAGGACGGCGGUGAACUUAAAAGACUCGUUGACAAACUGAAGACGAGAGCUUCAGCAGCGAGAAAGAAGCACAGCCAGUGCCUCCGUUACCAUUGCUAUCGGACUAUAAAGCGUCGACAGAGGUGACACGUGACAGAGCUUGUGAACGAGAAGCAGGACAAUGUGAUUACAACUUUAUGAUGUGGCAGAUUUGUUGCAGAAGGGGGGGGGGCUUAUGAGGGGAGAAGAUCUGACAUUUCAUCAUAUCACUAGUAAGAAAGCAAAGAAAGAAAAAAUAUCUAAAAUGCAACAUUCACAUAUAUUACGUCUUAAAUUUCUGUGACUUACAUUUUUAUUCGUGGAAUUCUUUGCAACCCUUCUUUUGUUUUUGAGAACUGUUUUCUGGCUGCUUUUGCGGCGUACGGUGACAAUAACAACGGAAUCUCAUCUUUUUUUUCUACCAUGGUCUAUCGUGAAACUGACAGGGACCAAUGAAGUUGCUCUUGAUAGAGAGCUAAAACUAACAAUGUGAUACACCAUCAUGCUUGUGUUUUUCCCAAUUUGCUAAGCUUCCUUUUUGUGCAGCUCAAGACUUUGUUAUGGUUAUACUUGCAGACUUGGCAAGUUGUAACAAGCGACUGGACUUUCUCGUGCAUUCUGGCAUUGCACCCACAGUAUUUUAUUUUGUUUACUGUAUAACCGAAAGCCAGUUCUUGACAUUCCAUUUUUCAACAUUCUUGCGGAGUCUGUUUGAGGAACAUUGUGUACACAUACACUAUUUGACUAGUUUCGAAAGUACAAGACGUGCUUAUCUGCAAAAAUGAUAUAGCCCUAGCAUAGUCGAAUGGAAAACCUAAAAGGUGUAUGUUCUCAAGAAAAAAAUAGAUGAAAAAAUUAUCAGGAUUCUUCCAAAUGGCUGUACAGUAUAUAGAACCAUUUCCCCGAAUGCCUCAGCCAAUUUGCUAUAGCACACUCCUCAAAACAGAUUUAGUUCAUCUUCUAUAACAUGUCAUGUUUUUCCAAACAGACCAUUCUGAGAUCUUUUCAGUUCUAUCACUUUAUGUGUCACCCAAUUGUACCUCAUUUUUCUUCGCUUUCCUCACCAAAUAAUCUGUAACAGGUGAGAGACAACCCCACAGAAAUACCCGCAGAGCAGAAGUUAAGAAUAAUUUCUGUCUACAAAGCCUGCAAUGGAAGGAAUGGCCACGCUGAAACUCAAUAACGCUUGUGGUGUCUAAAUUCAUCAUGUGCAGCACCGAAACUUGUCUCAUAUUUAUCCUAGGAGAGCUGUUAUUGCUUAGAGAUUUUCUCCCACAGUUACUCGAAGACAUCCGUCCGUUAAUGUAUGUGUGAUUGUGUUUAAAGAGCUCUAUUUUUAUUCAUGUACAACAGAACUCUCAGUACGUAUUGAGAGAUCAAAGUUUUUCUUGCCACAAAACGAGGACUAGUAAAACUGUGAAGUGUACAGGAAAAUUUAUGCAGCCGUAGCUGAUCUGCUCUUUCUCUGUGACCGCGAUGCACGCCAAAAGCAAGUGAAAGUGCCAAGGGAGAUAUUGAUAUUUAUGGUAUGGGCUCAAGUUAUAUAAUAUGAACAAAAUAUUCUAUUUGAAAUCAUUCCUGGUAAGAUAAUUCUGGACAAUCCGCCUUAGUUUUGAAAACGCUCAAAUAUUUUGCAUGGAUAGCAGCUUCUAGUCUUAGGUGCAGUUUUGGUAGGCAACCUGACAAGAACUGUUUAGGUAAAUGUGGUAAAUAGUGAGUGCAAAUCAGACAUCCAACAUGUCUAAACAUACUUAAUCUGCAGUGUUACAGAGGUAAUACCUUGGAAGAGCUGUGAUUAUCUUGUACAGCACAUUUAUGUCAGAUCACAGUUGCAACUUGUACAAUAAAAAUGGUUUUGCAUGAA